AUGAGCACCCUCACCUCCAUAUCUGCGUCCUUCUACGUCGGCCUCACCUAUGGCGGCCCCGCCGUCUGCAUCUGGGGCUGGGUCGCCGUGUCUGCAGCCACCCUGUGCAUUGGCCUGGGCAUGGCUGAGCUGGCGUCUGCCUACCCCACCUCUGGAGGCAUGUACUACUGCGCCGACGGCGCCGCUGCAGUCGGCGCCGCUGCAAUCGGCGCCGCUGCAGUCGGCGCCGACAGCAGCGGCGCCGGCGGCGGCCAGAGCAGCAGUGGCCAGCGAUUGAGGCUGCAGCAGCAACCGCAGCGAUGGCAGCCACAGCAGUGGCGGCGGAGGCGACAGGGGCAGCAGCAGCAGUACCGGCAGCAGCAGCAGCCGGAGCAAGAAUUGCAAUUCCGUCUGGCCGGCAAGAGGUUUGGCCCCUGGGCCUGCUGGGUCACCGGCUGGCUCAACCUGCUGGGCCAGAUCGCGGCCGUGAGCGCCGUGGCGGCCCUGUGCUCAGAGCUGACGGCCACCAUGAUCACCAUGGCUUCGGGCCUCAACGGCGCGGAGCCCCUGGAGCUCAAUGAGAAGCACCACUUUGGCCUCUUCGCGGCAUUCAUGGUCGCCAACGCCCUCAUCAAUGGCGCGGGGCUGCGGUUCCUGACACUCUGCACGCAGGCGCGUGCACAACGCAUCGGUGCGGUGGUGAAUCUGGCGGGUGUGGUGCUCCUGGUGAUCAUCGUGCCUGCUGUGACGCCCGUGAGGCAGAGCGCGUCCUUGGUGUUCACAGACUUUGAGACCAAGCACGCCAACGACGUCGGCAUCAUCAACCCCCUCUACGUGGCCCUCCUGGGCCUGCUGCUGCCCGGCUACUCCUACACGGGCGUGGAUGGCCCCGUCCACAUGGCUGAGGAGGUCAAUGGCAGUGAGAGGGGCCCCGUCAUCGCCAUCCUCAACGGCAUCGGCAUCAUGUUUGUGGGGGGCCUCGCCAUGAUCAUCUCCCUGCUCUUCUCAAUGAAGUCCCUGGAGAGUGUCCUGGACGAGAGCAACGCGUCAGGCGGCAACCCCAUCCCCCAGGCACGCGCGCUCGCACGGCCCCUCGGCCGUCUCCCGGCCGCACAGCUCCGCAGCCUCUCUCCCGGCCAGCGGCGCUCCAGGCCGGCAUCUGGUCCAGCGGCGAGACGCGCUCUCAUCAUGUACGACGCCUUCAACGACCGAUUCAACAACCCGGCGGCCGGCAUAGCUCUCCAGAUCAUCCCCAUCGCGGCCUCGUUCUUCUGUCUGGUGGCCACAACCACCUAUGUGUCCCGGAUCAUGUUCUGUUACUCGCGCGACCGCGCGGUGCCCUUCUCCAGCCUCUGGGUCAGGGUGGACAAGCGCACGCGCACCCCCCAGGCGGCACUCUGGUGCGUGUGCACCCUGGCGCUGAUGCUGGGCCUGCCCAUGCUGGGAUCAGACACUGGUGAGACCCAGCGGGGGGUUUGGGGUGCAUGA